CAUAAGUUUGCGUGAGUUAUGUUCAUUUUUUCGAGUAUAAGAGAGUAUUUUUGGAGUAUAUUUAUUAAUUUAUUGUGAUGUUGACAUAAUUGUUGAUGAAAAUUGAUAAAUAGUUGAAUAAUAGAUAUAGUAGAUAUUGAUUAGUAAAUAAACUUUUAUAAUAGGUAGACAAAAUCGUAUUUUGUGUACUUUAUUUGUAAAAAAUGGAUCGUGAAUCAAAUUCAAAACUUCGACGGAGUCCAUUCCAUGAACGUUCGAGGAGGGAGAUUGAUCGGUAUCAUCAAGACAAGAAAAAUAAACGCAAUAGAUAUGAAUCAAGGCAUAGAAGCUUGUCUGAUAGUGAACAUAACGACUAUGAAAGACGUAGAAAAGAUGAUCGAGAAAAUAGGAAAAGACGGAGAUCAAGAAGCCCUCGUAAAAAUAAAGAACAAAAAAAUUCUCCAAAGAUACAAGAGGAGGAGGAUAAAGAGUUGGCCAAUAUUACACCAGCACAGAAAAAAACGGUAGAUUUACUUACUUCAAAAACUGGAGGAGCAUAUAUUCCUCCAGCUAAAUUGAGAAUAAUGCAAGCAGAGAUAACGGAUAAAUCAUCUGCUGCAUAUCAACGUAUUGCAUGGGAGGCUCUCAAGAAAUCUAUUCACGGUUACAUCAAUAAAGUUAAUACGAGUAAUAUUGGAUUGAUUACAAGAGAAUUAUUACGCGAGAAUAUUGUAAGAGGACGUGGUUUAUUAGCACGAUCAAUUAUUCAAGCUCAAGCUGCUUCGCCAACUUUUACACCAGUUUAUGCAGCUUUGACUGCUGUUAUUAAUUCCAAAUUUCCCAAUAUCGGAGAAUUAUUAUUAAAACGAUUAGUUAUUCAAUUUAAACGAGGCUUUAGGAGAAAUGACAAGCCUUUAUGUAUUUCUUCUGGACUAUUCAUAGCACAUUUAGUUAAUCAAAGUGUCGCUCAUGAAAUUUUAGCUUUAGAAUUACUUACUUUACUAAUCGAAACUCCAACAGAUGAUUCAGUAGAAGUAGCUAUAGCAUUUUUAAAAGAAUGUGGUAUGAAACUUACCCAAGUUUCAAAAAAAGGAAUUGAAUCAAUUUUUGAAAUUUUAAGGAAUAUCCUUCAUGAAGGUCAGUUGGAUAAAAGAGUCCAGUAUAUGAUUGAGGUAGUAUUUCAAAUUCGAAAAGAUGGAUUCAAGGAUCAUGUGGCUGUUAGUGAAGAAUUAGAUUUAGUUGAAGAAGAAGAUCAAUUUACGCAUACAAUAGAAUUGGCCCAAUCUAUUGAUGGCGAAGAUAUUUUGAAUGUAUUUAAAUUUGAUACAGAUUAUGUGAAAAAUGAGGAAAAAUAUAAAGAAUUGAUGAAAGAAAUUUUAGAUACCGAUGAAAGUUCAGGUGAUGAAGGAGACGAAGAAAAUGAGGAUUCUGAUGAAAGUGAAGCAUCAGAAGAAGAAGAAGACGAAAUUAAAAAAGAUAUAAUAUUAGACAAUACAGAAACUAAUUUAACUGCUCUUAGGAGAACAAUUUAUUUAACGAUCCAUUCUUCAUUAGAUUUUGAAGAAUGUGCGCAUAAACUAAUGAAAAUGAAAUUAAAACCAGGCCAAGAGAUCGAACUAUGUCAUAUGUUUUUAGAUUGUUGUGCAGAAAUGCGGACAUAUGAAAAAUUUUUUGGACUUUUAGCUGGCCGAUUUUGUGCGAUUAAUAAAAUUUAUGUAACUCCAUUCGAAAAAAUAUUCAAAGAUUCUUAUGAAACAAUUCAUCGUUUAGAUAUGAAUAAAUUAAGAAAUGUUUCUAAAUUUUUCGCUCAUUUGUUAUUCACGGAUUCAAUAUCAUGGGAUGUAUUAAAUUGUAUCAAAUUAAAUGAAGACGAUACUACUAGUUCUAGUAGAAUUUUUAUAAAAAUUCUUUUUCAAGAAUUGUCAGAAUACAUGGGUUUAUCUAAACUUAAUGCCCGUGUAAAAGAUGUAACACUUCAAGAAACAUUUGAAGGAUUAUUUCCGAGAGAUGAUCCCAAGAAAAGUCGAUUUGCAAUCAAUUUUUUUACUUCAAUUGGACUUGGUGGUCUAACUGAUGACCUUCGAGAACAUCUUAAAACACGACCAAAACCAGUACCUGUUCCACCAGUCAUUGCCAAGCCUACUACAGAUUCAUCAAGUUCUUUAUCAUCAUCAUCAUCAUCAUCGUCGUCAUCAUCAAGUUCCAGCUCUGAAUCAAGUUCCAGUUCGUCUGAGAGUUCAGAUCAGAAAAAGAAAAAGAAAAAAGUAUCAAAAAAACGUCAUAGAACAAAGAAACAGUCAAGUGUUAAUUCUUCAGAAAAACAAUUAUUAAAAUCGUUUAAAUGAUUAAAAAUCAACAUUUAUAAUAGGUAAAUGUAAUACUCAGUUGCUAUUUUUACGCGCAGUCUAAGUCGAAAGUUUGAUGUUUCGUAGUUAUGCCACUAGAGGCAUUUAACACGCUACCAGGUGGCGCAU